AUGCGGUACUCACCUAGCCGUCCGCGCGUUGUGAGGCGAGAGUCCAGUCAUGGACGUAUGGGUUUGGGGGUGCUGCAGCAACCAGAGCAGGAGUUCAGGACUGAGAAGGUGAUCCAAACGUCUUCUUUGAGUCCACGGCCCUCUGCAAGGUAUGCUGGCGAAGUCUGGCCCCCACCAGAUAUCGUGCGCACAAGAUCCACAAAAUCAGACGAAGUGUUUCCGGCACCACCUGAGCCACUUCCCCGUCGUGCCACGAGAUCGGACGAGGUAUGGCCUCCACCAGACAUUGUCCGUACUCACUCGUUCAGGAAGGUCGAGAGAAGCCCACCGCGUCGCGAGAGCUCUCGGAUCAUCGAGCUCAGUCCGUCUCCUCCGCCUCAAGCCAGACGUACAAGUGUCGUGUAUCAGAGUGAGUCGGAAGAACGUGUACGGAGGGUUCACAGCGUAUCUCCAGCUCGUGUUAGUUACCGCGAAGAACGUCGAAGCGACGAGGCGGAAGCUCGUCUUAGGUCACACCCUCGGGGAUACCGGCCAGUCAUUCCAGAUCCACGUGCACUUCCCAGGGCAUCGGAUGAGUCUUCUGACAAUACCGAACCCAUGCCGCGUCACCGCCUGCAGUCGCCUAGUCGCAGUAUACUGAAGUCGGCUAGUAUAGAUCAUGAGACAUCGUAUCGGCGAAGGGACAGCCUGCGCGAUAGCCAGCAAAGCAUGCAUGUGGAAACCGGAGGGCCGCAAGUGCGCUUUGGAGGUAGAAGGACGGAAGGCGAGCAAGUGCAUGACCCAAGGGGUAGGCCGCGCUACGCAGACGAUCGAGUGGGAAGCGGCAGUAAUCAUGAGCACUACCGAGAGUACUCUCGACAUCGAGUUGUGGAUGGAGCUGUGUCUGUUCCACUAGCCCAGGACUUUGAGAGAAUGCACAUCCGGGACACAUCACGAUCACCGCGAAGGGAGUAUGAAGAUGAAAUUCGAAUCGAUCGUCAGCGUCGCAUCUCCGUGUCUCCACCCCCGAGGCGAUUUGAACAAGUCCACGUUCGUCACACCUCCCCACCGCCACCCCGACGCACACCUCGCCCUCUUCCGUCACCAAAUCGUACACCAAGGCCUCUUUACCGUCACAUCUCCCGCCCCCGAGCCAUGGAACGUAUGCGAUCCCUCACACCGCCACCUCUCCACCUAAAAGAGGAAGAAGACCACACAGACUCUGACAGUGAGCAUUCUGAAGAAAUUACCGAAGUACGCAGCUGGAGGGGCAUCGAUGAACACGGCAAGCCUGCUACCUUUGUUGAAGAAAGAAAGACAGUUAGGAUGAUCGAUCAAGGCAGCGACAGGGGUGGGCUUGGCAGGGAGUAUAGGCAUAUGGGGCAGGGGCAGAGGAUGAGUGGAGGGGAGAGGGUGUCUGCGAGGAAGUGGAGGGAUGUUUGA